GACUCGCUGAGCAGUGCUGGGCCACCGGUGAAGGACUACUUCAGGCGCUCUGGCCUAAGCCGCUUCUGCCUCAUCCCCGCCGGGCUCACAGCUUGGACCAUUCACCUCUAUGAGUCCUUCUUCUUCGGAUGCAUCCCCGUGCUCCUCUCCGACGAGGUCUCGGUGCCCUUUCAGGACGAAAUCGACUGGCCAAGGCUUUCCUUCAAGGUCCCGAGUUCUAUUGACAUGGCGGAGUUGCACACGCGCUUGCGGAGCGUCCGCUUCGGCCAGCUGAAGUCGAUGUACCGCGAGCUCGCAGCGGCGCGCUGCUGGUUCGACUACUCCCGGGGCUGGGGUGCAGAAGGACGCUCCGAGGAG